GUUAGCAACAGGACGGCACACUGUGGAGCGCAGAAAUCAAAGUCGGUAUCAUAGGAGAUCUAAUCUCCUUGAAAAAAUGAAGAAGCAUAAGGAUAUAAAAGAUUUAAAGCCUUAAUUUAUUUCGGAGGCUUACAAAGAACAUGUUUUCGUACCUUUCGCGAGGAUAUGGCACUUGGGAGGGCAUUGCGAAGCUGGAGAAACCUGACUCGGCUAUUUCACCAAAUCCUGGAAACUUUGAUAUUUUACCACCAAUAAGAAGGGACCAGUACCAGUUUUACGACCAACAUUUUAACCAUGACAGACCAUACAGGUUCCAGGAAGAUUUAAAACUACCACAAGUGCCGAAGAAUGAGAAUGCUGUCCAUCUUCCAAAAACAUAUUCUACCAAGAGUGGAGCUUUGCUUCUCUACUCUGAAGGAUGUUUCAAGCCAGGGUCAAGAAGAUUGAAGAAAAGGCAGCGACGUCGGAGACAGAAGAUUGAACAAAGGAUCAGAACAAUGAAAGAUCUCAUAGACUUGAUCAUGGACUACAAAAAAAAUGGGUGCGACCCUUUAUUGCUUGAGCAACUGUGGCGACAUAUGAGUGGUAAUGCCAGAGAUGUGCAACCCGGCUACUCGCCAAAGAGAUACCUUGGCCACCUGAGUCACACAUUUGAUCCCGACCAGUGGAAACGACUUGUCGAAACAGGUUCACUGAAAAGUUUUGGCACUACAGACGAUAGCUACCUAUCAUUGUUACCAGAGUACGAUAACCAUCUAAACCAUCAACCACCUCCCUACAAAACAAUGUCGUUACCUCCAGUUUCACCAUCAAGCUCUAUGCUAGGAUCAUUUACAUUCUAUAAGCAAGCACUGUCAACAGGCGCUGCUUCAAUGGUUUCACUACCGUCUAUAGGCUCAGAAAAUAUUGACUCUGUUAAUGCUGACCACAUCUCAGUCAAAAGUGCUGCCACAUUUGCAGAUUCUCUUGCUGAGAGAUUAGCUGAGGUUGAGUCUGAGAACGGUUUCAAGAAAGACUAUGAAACAUUGACUGCCAAGGAAAAAGAAGAUCUUUUAACUCAAUUGUUAAUGGAUGUCACCUUGCACAAUCAAAGAGAAGUUAUUACAGUUCCCGUACACACCACAGAAAUGAAAAAAGAUCAAGCAUCGGACAGUACAGAAAUCUCUUAUGUCAGUGGCACUAAACCUUCAAAAUCACUUGAAUCACUGCCAAGUGAUAAUUCAGUGCAAAAAGCUUCUGUUGAAGAAAAAAGGUCUAGGACCAGCCAAACAAGGUCUUCAACAAGCAUGAACAGUGUUAAGACAGAUCGGAUGCAAAUGUCUGACAAAGGAUCAAGCAGUUCCAAAGCUGGUAAAAGAUCAAAAAGUUCAAAAUCUGAUAUUAAAUCAAGAAGUUCCAGAUCUGUCCCAAGUCAGAGUAGAUCUGUGUGUUCUUUACCACCGAUCACAGCUCCAAGAACGGACACUCCAGAUAAAGAUGAUCUGAAAAACAUUAGCGACAAUGUCAGUUUAUCAAGUUCACAUUCUGGUCUUGGUCUGAUUGCGGCUGAUUUUGAAGUUGGGUUGAAUGAUGUUGACAUUGAAAUCAAAGAUAGCUUGUUCAAUUUAGCUGAAGAUGCUCUUUUUCACUCGGAAGAAAAAGAUUUGGAAACAAGGUCUAUAAAAAGUAAUGAAUCUUUCUUGGAACAUGGACUUGUCGAUGCACUCAGUAUACAAGAUGGUGAUUCUCUACACCAGUUUACAGGUGAAGCUCAAAGUUUGAAAUCUUUAGCAAGCAUUGAUUGGCCAGGGCACAGUACUGAAAGAAUGGAAGAAAGUUUGAGUAGCAAUGGUGCUAUUGGGGGAAGCAAGACUGUAGAUGGUGAUUUGGUGAAUGGUGUAGUAGAUGGUGCCAUUGGCGACGGUAUUCAUGGUGAUGAUGGUAGCAGAUAUAUUGAUGAUAUUGCUGAUGAUGUUGGUUACGAUAUUGGAAGUGAUGAUGGUCGUAAUGGUAUUGCUACUGUUUUUAAUGGUGGUGGCGAUGGUACCAGAGAUAGUGAUGGUUACAAUGUCAAUCAGGGUGAUGGUCCUAGCAUAUGCGUUAUUGAAACGGGAAGCCCUGAUGCUGAUGGUCAUCCAGAAAUAACCCUGCCAACCAUCGACCUAGUACCAGCACCAGAGCUACAAGCACCACACAUAAGUCUUAGCAGUCUUCAGGAUGAAGUAAGACUGGUAGCAACAGAAGUGCUCUCAAGACCUAAAUCAGGGCGGACAUUGACUGAUGAUGCAGAAAUGGCGACGUUCUUACUUCUGGAAAGAAUGCAAGGCUUACUAGGUCCUGCUAUAACAGCGAACACACGAGUUAGUUCAGCGGCUCCGAAGAAAGUUCGCCCACUAGGUCAACCCAGGAACAGCGAGGCCAAAGGAAAGAGAAGAGCAAGAUCUGCUGAGGCUACUUUAGCAUCAAGAAAUAUUGCUCCUGAUGAAGAACAGGUUGAACAGGUUCUUGAGACCAAGGAAAAGCCGGCUGAACAAGUUUCUGGUAAGGAGCAAGAAUUGCCAGUAGAAGGUGAUUCUGUGAAAGAAACUGAUGCAAAAGAUCUCAGUAUCGAUGAUGUCGUCGUUACUGUGGAAACGGUUGAAGAUACUGGGCCAGUUGAAAAGAGUGAACCUCCCGCACUGACCGCUACUCCGUCACCAGAAAAGACACAGCAGAUAGUCGAGGAUUUACAACCAGAGGUUAAGAAAGAAGUGAUCACCAAGCCAGAUGAAGCCAAAGCAAAGGAAACAGCUGUGAAAGCAGGAAAAGUGAAAAAGACUGGAAAUGGUAAACGUGUUGCGAAAGGAAAAAAGAAAAAGCCUGCCAAUGGGCGUGCGCGAAACGAACCGGCCAAAACUCCCCCGUUCCAUGCAGGUUUGGUGCCCGAAUCUAAACCCCCGAAAGGUUUGGAAGAAAAAGCGGGCGGGGCGCGCAAGAAGGGGAAACAAAUCAGUCCGGAUUUGCAGGAAAAAUCACAACCUAAAACAACUGAUAAAGUUUCCGAGAAUGAAACCCAGCCUCCUGAAACAUCAGCUCGAGUAGAUUCCGAGACGGGGGAGGUGGAACACGGGGUCUCCCCAGUAAGAUCAGAGAGGUCUUCAUCUCUUGCUGGAAGUAACGCUCCCCCUGGUGGAAGAAAAUCUGUUUCCCAUCAGGACCAAAUGUCGCGUGCAGGAACUGGUUCCUCGCGUUCUCAAAUCGAAUCCCCACGUGAGAAAUCACCCCACGAGAGGCUGUCUUCUUCACGUGACAAGACUCCAUCGCCACGUCAAAAAUUACCUUCGCCACGUGAACAGAAGGCCUGUCCACGUGACAGGGACGCGGUGUUUGACGAAACCACAAAUGUAAAGAGUGAAAACGCAGUAACGGACGUCGCAACGGAACCCGAGCCGUCACCAACACGAGAAACCUCGCCGGAGGUCGAGCUAACGGAAAAACAACGCAGAGCAAACGCUCGGGCUGCCCAGAGAGCAGCCGCUGCCGAACGUCGCCGACUGGAGGUCGAAAGGAAACGACGAGAACGCGAAGAAGCACGGAAACGAGCUCAGGAAGAAGAAGCAAGGUUGGAUACUUUGCGGAAAGAAUCUGAAGAAGAAAUGAAAAAGAGGGAAGAGGAACGAAGAAUUCAAAGGGAGGAAGAAGAGCGGGAACGCUUGCGCCUUGAGGCAGAGCAAAACGAUCGUGCACGACAGGAACGUUUGAUGAACGAACGGCAACGUCAAGCACGCGAGGAAUGGAAACGGAAGAAGGAACAGUUGCUCGCGCAACGCAAGUUCGAGGAAGAACUGCGCAAGGAGAGAGAGCGCGUCGAGCUGGAAAUCGAAGAGGAACGCAGGCGAGAGUACGCGGAAAAGAUCGCGCAUUUGGAAGAAGAGGAACAGCAGAGACUCCUGGAGGAGCGGAGACUCGAGGAAGAAAGAAUAAAACGAGAAAUACAAGAAGAGAAAGAGCGACGUGAAGCAGAAAGACUUCGGAUGCUUGAAGAAAGAAGACUGAUGGAGGAAGAGCUUGCUGCGGCAAGGAUGAGACAAAUGGAAAGACGAUCAUUCCUACAAACGCUUCUCCAAGAUUUUCAGAAUUUGUUGCUGGAUCAGAGAAUCACAAGAGCAUUCACCUUUUCCUACUUCGAUAUCAUGCCGUGGUUUAAAGAUAGAUGGAGAGAUCUGGAAGAGGAUAGACCCAGAUCAAAGAGACCUUCGACGAAACUGGAUACUGUACCCGAGGAAUCCGAGAUAGAUCUAGAAGAAGCAGCUUAAAAUGCAUGACAAGAUGGUAUCAUGGAUGAAAUGUUGGUAAAACCAAUCAUCGAGUAAAAUAAUAGUAUUUGAGUUUAACACGAUGUUACACGAGCCAAGUUUCCGGCGCAGAAAUUCAAGAAUUAUUUCAUUAAUGAUUGUUUGAAAUUUCACCUGAAAUUCUUCACAACAGGGUGAUGCGAUAGUUCUUAAGCACGGAUCGGGUGGGCCAGGAAAGGUUGUUGUCUUGGGAACGCAAGAGCUAUCGCCAGAUGUUUAAAGUCGCCAAUAUUUAAAGUGAAACACCGAGGAAACGUCGCACGUGCAAAGCACUUCAGACGAUAAAUAAUUUAGCUGUAAAUAAUAUAUAUUAAC